UCACGUGGUCAGUGCAGCGGAUCCCCACAGCCGUUAAUCUCGGUUUUCUAGACCUGAAGUCAGAAGAAUCAGAGGGAGGAAGUAGUAUCACUUUGAAAGGCCUUUUGUGGUGAGGCUAAUAUUAGUUGAAAUAGCCCAGUUUUAAAUAAAACUGGACAAAAAUAGUGGACAUUUCACAUCAAAGAGCCGUGUAUAUUUCUACACAUCUUGACUGAAGUCAAGACACAUUCUUCAUGUCACGGGCACAAACAUCGAUGGGAAGAGGAAGGUGAUGUUUGACAUGACAGCAGUCAAAGGAGUUGGUCGCCGAUACUCAAACAUAGUGCUGAAGAAAGCAGACAUUGAUCUGGACAAGAGGGCUGGAGAAUGUACAGAUGAGGAGGUUGGAAAAAUCGUAACUCUCAUGUCAAAUCCUUGUCAGUACAAGAUUCCUGACUGGUUCCUUAACAGACAGAAGGACAUUGUGGAUGGAAAAUACUCUUGGCUCACAUCUCGUUACUUGGACAGUAAAUUACAUGGAGAUCUUGAGAGACUGAAGAAGAUUCGUGCUCACUGUGGUAUGCGACAUUAUUGGGGCUUGAGGGUUCGUGGCCAGCACACAAAGACAACAGGAAGGCGCGGAACAUGUGUUGGUGUAUCAGAGAAGAAAUAAUAUAAUAAGAGAAACAUUUUGGACAGAGGUUGCAAAGAAAAAAUGAAACACUCAUUUUAUGGCCAGUACACUUCUUCAGCGAUAAUUAAAGAAGAAUUGUCAUGGCAUUUAUAUAUUACUUAAACAAUCAGGAAGUGAUCUUCCACAGAUUCAGAAAGAUCACAAAAAUCUGUUAUCAUCAGUAAUAAUUAAAUGAAGCUCCAUCUCACCGGAAUUUAUCUGUAAGUAUAUAAAUAUGCGUAUAAUUAAAGUAUAAUUUCACAUAAUGAAUGAAUAUAUUUUUGAGCAUAUGUAGAUAAGUAUUAAAAAUAUUUAGCACAAUAAAUACUUGAGCAUGAUGGACGGUAAUGUAUUAUUUAUAAUUUCCUUUAAGUGGACCUUCUAGAAUGAUGUUAGCAGUAAAAUUUCACCAUAGUUUUUAACUGGAACAGAAUUAUAGUAAAACAAUGCAGCCAAGCUCCUGUACCAGCAGUGAAUGGAUUGAGUUGAUUAGCAAAGUAUAAAAUCUGUUUGAUUUGUUUCAUUCUGGUCCGUCACAAUAACAAUUACAAAUUAUAAAUCACUCC